GAAUCACAUCCGCUCAAAACUUAUCAGCUUGAGACCGUCUCAUUAUUGAAUUUCACAUUAUUAAUCUAUUAAUACUAUAAAUGAAAGAUGAAAUAUCAAAUAACUAACACUAAAGUACACUUUCCUUUUUUGUUCUCAUAGUUCCUUCCACAAUUGGCAAAAAUGUCUAUGCUUUCAAAUCUCUUCCCCGACAACGCAAUCAGUCUCACUCCUUACGCUUACGCAGUACUCAUUCUCACAGCUACCUUCUCGAUUCUAUGGUACAUCUUCAAACGCUCGCCGCAACCGCCUCUACCACCUGGACCGCGAGGGCUACCUAUAGUCGGAAACCUUCCCUUCCUUGACCCGGAUCUUCACACCUACUUCACAAAACUCGCUCAAAGUCAUGGUCCAAUCUUCAAACUCAAUCUUGGCUCAAAACUAACUGUCGUGGUAAACUCUCCAUCGCUGGCUAGCGAGAUCCUUAAAGAUCAAGAUAUCAAUUUCUCAAACCAUGACGUCCCUCUCACGGCCCGAGCCGUUACUUAUGGUGGUCUGGACCUUGUAUGGUUACCAUACGGUGCCGAAUGGAGAAUGCUUAGAAAAGUUUGUGCUGCCAAACUUUUUAGCCGCAAAACUUUGGAUUCCUUUUAUGAGCUUCGACGCAAAGAAAUCCGAGAAAGAACGAGAUGUUUGUACCAGAAAGGUCUAGAAAAAUCACCGGUGAAUGUUGGAGAGCAGUUGUUUUUGACGAUGAUGAAUCUAAUGAUGAAUAUGUUAUGGGGAGGGUCAGUGAAAGCAGAGGAUAUGGAGAGUGUUGGAACAGAGUUUAAAGGAGUGAUUUCUGAGAUAACUAGGCUUUUGGGUGUGCCUAAUGUUUCUGAUUUUUUCCCGAUGCUAGCUAGAUUCGAUCUUCAAGGGCUUGUUAAGAAGAUGCAUUUGUAUGCUCGAGAUCUCGAUGCGAUACUCGAUCGAGCCAUCGAGCAGAUGCAACGGCUAAGAAGUAGGGAUGGUGAUGAUGGUGAAUGUAAAGAUUUUUUACAACACUUGAUGAAGUUAAGGGACCAAGAAGCUGACUCGGACGUCCCUAUUACAAUGAACCAUGUCAAAGCCGUACUCAUGGAUAUGGUAGUUGGUGGUACAGAGUCAUCAACCAACACGAUAGAGUUUGUGAUGGCUGAACUAAUAAGUAACCCAGAGUUGAUGAGAAGAGCGCAACAAGAGCUAGAUGAAGUUGUGGGCAAAGACAACAUUGUUGAAGAAUCACAUAUCACUAGCCUUCCUUACAUAUUAGCCGUUUUGAAAGAAACACUUAGACUUUAUCCAACCAUUCCUUUGCUAGUCCCUCACCGUCCGUCUGAAACCGCGCUGGUCGGCGGCUACACCAUCCCAAAAAACACUAAGAUCUUCAUCAAUGUUUGGUCUAUCCAGAGAGACCCAAAUGUGUGGGAGUAUCCGACUGAGUUUCGUCCCGAGAGGUUUCUUGAUAAGAAGUCUUGUGAUUUCACUGGAACUGAUUAUAGCUAUCUUCCGUUUGGAUCUGGCAGGAGAAUUUGCGCAGGUAUAGCACUCGCCGAGAGGAUGAUUUUGUACACUCUCGCGACUCUAUUGCAUUCAUUCGAUUGGACGAUUCCGGAUGGACACGUGUUGGAUUUGGAAGAGAAGUUUGGGAUUGUCUUGAAGCUCAAGACCCCUCUUGUUGCCUUGCCCAUUCCAAGGUUGUCCAAUUCCAAUUUUUAUUUCUAAUGCUAAAAUCUUUAUAGUUUUCUUAAAAAGCAAAAAGAUUGUUAUGUUUGCGAUUUUUAUUAUAUACGUUUUUAACUGUCAUAUAAGUUUUGUAAUGAAAUCCAAACAUCGGUUUCCAUAAACAGCAACAUUAUUGAACUAGGACCACUUAUAAAUUUUACUUAAUUGUUGUUAGAUAUCAAUUUUGUUUUUCGUUCCAGUUUUGUUUGAUGUGAGAUAUCAUUUUUUUUUAUUUUCUAUUUUGAACAAAACCAAACAGGAUUAUAGAAACUUGAAAAUUAGCAAGUACUUACUUUGUGUCGAGUCCUAGUUUGACUCUUUUUUGGUGUAUUUUUUGGUUAGAAUAUUAGAGAAUUCAAUGAGGUCAUAAAUCUUUUUGAAAACAAUAUCAGCUUAACGAGCAUUUUUUUUUUGGAGUCUCAUUGAAAUUCAGAUAAAACAUUGGAAGACACAAAAAAUCAUCAAUUAUGUUCUAUCCAUCUGGAAUUUUGUGUUUAUUUAUGAAUAUUAAACUUGAGAAAAUUUAGAUUUUUUGGAAUAUUGCUCUCAAAAAGUCUUUGCAAAAUGGUCCCAUGCAUUGAUUCAUACCUCUGCAUAGUGAAGUUUAGCCAUCGAAAUGAAUUUUGGUCCUACUCUUUGGAAAGGUGGCAGCUUACUUUCCCCUCUUACUCUUUUACCAUUAAAACAUUAGCUUUAUUUA